UUCAUAUGGCUGGACUAGCCUGAUUUUUAUUUUUAUUGGAUGGGUUUUUAAAAUUGUGUUAUUUUAUAGGGGAGUAUGUUUUUUAACGUUUUGGGCAUUUAAAUUAGUUUUUUAAGGGUUGUUUUUAAAUUAUUGUGUGUAUUUAUAUUUUAUCUGCCUGUUCACCGCCCUGAGUCCUUCGGGAGAAGGGCGGUAUACAAAUUAAAAUAUUAUUAUUAUUAUUAUUAUUAUUAUUAUUAUUAUUAUUAUUAUUAUUAUUAUUUGCUACUUACAGAAGUAUCUGUUGCUUUAAAUGUCCUCGACUUACAAGAGUUCAUCUAGUGCAGGGGUCUCCAACCUUGGUCACUUUAAGACUUGUGGACUUCAACUCCCAGAGUUCCUCAGCCAGCUUUGCUGUUCUGUUCUGUUCCAUUCCAUUCCAUUCUUUUCAAAAAACUGCACAUACCCUUGUAGAAAUCAAGAAUGGCAUUUACAAAAUGGCAGCUUCCCUAAUGUGACAUGUUCUAAUUGUGUUGGAUUUUCAAGUUAGACUGUUUUAGUUGAAAGGUGGGGACUUUUAAGCCCAAAUAUUUGAAGUCCUUCAGGCUGGGAGAAGCUACGGUAUGUCAACAUUUUUUUUUUCUGGAUGUGCAUAUUUCAAAAUUAAGACCCACCUUUUUGUGCAAAGUAUUAUAUUGAUUAGUUCUUGGAAAAUCCAGAAUAUGUAAGUAAAAAUCUCUCAUCACUUCAUCUUGCUAAUUCUAGAAAUUGAAGUCCACAAGUCUUAAAGUGACCAAGGUUGGAGACCCCCUGAUCAAAUGACCCUUCAAAGUCACAAUGGUACUGAAAAAUGUGACUUACGACCAUUUUUCACAGUUACGACCUUUGCAGCAUCCCCGUGAUCAUGUGAUCAAAAUGCUUGGCUACCGGUUCAUCUUUAUGACCGUUGCUAUGUCCCUGGGUCACGUGAUUCCCUUUAGCGACCUUCUGAUAAGCAAAGUCAAUGGGGAAGCUGGAUUCUCUCCACAGCUGGGUUACUGGCUUAUCAACUGCAGUGAUUCACUUAAUAACUGUGGCAAAAAUGGUCAUAAAAUGGGGCAGAACUCACUUAACAAAUGUCUUGCUUGACCACAGAAAUUUAAACUGGGGUCGUACGUCGGGGACUGCCUGUAUUUCUGAAUGUUACGGUCGCUUGUUAAUUGCGUUCAGGGGGAAAUUCGUGUUUGAAAAUGGACGCUUCCUUUUAUUUCUUUCCAUUGCAUUUGGUGUAGUUGAUCUCUAAAAAUAUUGAAGCCCAGGCACUGGUUGCCACUGAUUCUUAGUUAGAAUAACACAGUUGGAAGGGACCUUCUAGGUCAUCUAGUCCAGCCCACUCGCCCAAGCAAGAGACCCUACGCCAUUUCUGACAGAUGGCAGUCCAGUCUCCUCUUGAAAGCUUCCAUUUGCUCCCACAACUUCUGGAGGCAACUUCUGUUCCAUUGGUUGAUUGCUCUCACGGUCAAAAAUUUUCUCCUUAUUUCCAGGUUGAAUCUCUCCAUGGUCAGUUUCCAUCCGUUAUUCCUUGUCUGGCCUUCGGGUGCCUUGGAAAAUAGCUUAACCCCCUCCUCUCUGUGGCAGCCCCUCAAAUAUUGGAAGACUGCUAUCCUGUCUCCCCUGGUCCUUCUCUUCACUAGAGCAGCCAUGCCCAGUUCCUGUAACCGUUCUUCAUAUGUUUUAGCCUCCAGUCCCUUAAUCAUCCUGGUUGCUGUUCUCUGCACUCUUUCUAGAGUCUCAGUAUCUUUUUUAUAAUGUGGUGACCAAAACUGAAUGCAAUAUUCCAAGUGUGGUCUUACUAGGGGCUUUAUAGAGUAGUCUUAGGCCCUCCCUUUAUCUUGAUUGUAUCCCUCUGUUAAUGCAACUUAGGCUCAUAUUUAAUUGGCUGUUCACUAAGAUUCCCAAGAUCCCCCUCCACAGUCACGGCUAUUAAGCCUGAUUUCUCCCAAUCUGUAUGUGUACUUUUGGUUUUUCGUGCCUGAGUGCAAAGACUUCACUUUUGUCUACAUCGAAUUUCAUUUUGUUAGUUCAUGUAAACAUCCUACACUCAGCUUUUAUCCCAUGAAAUGGCUGGGGGAUGGAAGUUUACUCCAACUGCUUUGGAAAGAAGGGCCUUGCUGAGCAGCUGGGGUUGGGGAAGAAGGGAGACGAGCCAUCUGCUUCACUCCAUUCCAUUUAAAUGCUGGUAAAGGUAAAGGUUCCCCUCACACAUUCGUGCUGGUCGUUGCCAACUCUAGGGGGCGGUGCUCAUCUCCGUUUCAAAGCCGAAGAGCCAGCGCUUUCCGAAGACGUCUCCGUGGUCAUGUGGCCGGCAUGACUCAACGCCAAAGGCGCACGGAACGCUGUUACCUUCCCACUAAAAGGUGGUCCCUAUUUUCCUACUUGCAUUUUUUACGUGCUUUUGAACUGCUAGGUUGGCAGAAGCUGAGACAAGUAACGGGAGCUCACCCCGUUAUUCAGCACUAGGGACUUGAACCACUGAGCUGCCGACCUUUCGAUCGACAAGCUCAGCUGUCUUAGCCCCUGAGCCACCGCGUCCCUUAAAUGUGGGUAACCAACUACAAAAAAAGAAAAGAAAAGAAAAGAAAAAAGCAGAAAACAAAAACCCAAAAACUAUAGAAGUGACGUAUCUGGCCAUUUUGUUUCUACGGAUGUCUUUUCUCUAUAUCAACUCAAGAGUGUGUUAUAUAGGUCUUCACACACUUCAACUCAGGACAGUUUUUAGCAUUAGCAUUAGAUCCUCCCAUGCUGUGUAGCAUUUCAGGCAGCAUGGGAUCUCUUGGGCAAAUCCAUGUGAUUCUCCCAAAGGAUUUUUUUUUCAAGAGGCAACUGGACUUUUCUUUGUUUUUCCUUGAAGACGUCUCACUUCUUAUGUGACGUUUCUGUCAGAAAUAAAGAAGCUUCUCGGAUGAGGGAAGCGAAACGUUUUCAAGGAUAAAAAAAAAGUCCAGUUGCAUCUUGAAAAAGCACCUUUGGGACAACCAAUGACCUGGAUGACUGAGAAUCUCCAUUAGAAUCUCCAAUGUGAAUGUUUAGAGCAGAAGUCUCCAACCUGGAUAACUUUCAGCCUGGCGGACUUCAACUCCCAGAAUUCCCCAGCCAGCUUUGCUGGCUGGGGGAUUCUGAGAGUUGAAGUCCGCCAGGCUGAAAGUUGCCCUGGUUGGAGACUCCUGGUUUUUACAGUCUUUAGGUCUUCCGUGAACAUCCUUUGCCAUGUAUUUUGAGAGUGUCAUCUUGGCCGUUUGGCAUCAGGGACGUCCAUCUCACUGCCAUCUUGGGGAUUCAGUUGUUUUCCAUGCGGAAAAUACGACCAGCGAGCUGGAGUCUCCUACGUGCGACGAUGUUAUGUAGUUUGCAAGAGAAACUGUUUUGGAGCACUUAGUUGUUAGGAACACGGUCAAAAUAGCGGAUUUUUAGGAUUCUUCUGCAAAGGCAUCUUAGUUGGAAGACAUCAUGUUGCUUGCUGAUGCCUUCCACAUCUCACCGACACAAGUCUCAGGACAACAGAAAAAAAUAAGCGUUGAAUAUAGAUACUAUUCACCGGAAGUGUGGAAAGUCAGCUUAGGGCUACUAUAUCUGGAUUGCAACAAUCCAAAUGGCAGUCAAGAGAUACAAAAAUCGGGCUGUUGGUUAAUAUUCAAACACAUUUCAGAUUUUUUUUCUGGUCCUCUAAUGACCCCGUAAUUAUUCGCAUAGUGGUGGAGUUGGGGUAACUGAAUGGAGCUGAGUUUACUGGCCGGAUGCCCUUCCUGUCACCACUGCGGAGUUCAGCAGCGGAUAUAUUAUCAUUGUGCCCAGAGAAAAAUAUCGGCCACUACCUAGGAUCGAACUCGCAGUCUCUUGAUUGUGGUGCCUCCCGCACCACCUCAUUUAAACACAUUUCAGAUACCGGUACAAAAAUCUCCAUACUAUGCUGUGCUUAGUGACCACGUGGGUUGUUGCAGGCCAAAACUCUACACAAUCAGGAAUGUUGAUGGUGAAAACAUCAAGGUCUUCCAGUAUUAAGUUGCUGUUUUUUUUCAUUUCUUCAAAUAUGGAAUGCAGCCUUUAUUCUCUAAAGCAGGGGUCUCCAACCUUGCCAACUUUAAGACUUGUGAACUUCAACUCCCAGAAUUCCUCAGCCAGCAAAGUCCACAAGUCUUAAAGUUGUCAAGGCUGAAGACCCCUGCUCUAAAGACUCUAAUAAAGAGUGAGCGGAGGAAGAGGGACAAGCUUGACUGAAGCAGAAUAGAACAGAACAUAAUUUCAUUACGGUCAUCGACCAGCAAUAGACAUACAAUAUAUUAAAAAAAAAUAUAAUGCAUUCAUAGCGGAUAAUAACAUCCUUGUUAAGAAAAUACAUGACCUCAAACCGUCACUCCCUAAUUUACGUGAGUGGAGAGCCGAUAUUGGCACAAGCUGAUAGCUAUAAUUCUGUAAGCGAUUUUUUUCUUGUGGCCAUUGCAGCGACACAAGAAUUUUGCCACUGCACGCGUGGUAGCCGGGUUUGAGUCCUGGAGAAGAAAGCCUACAUAAAAGUUGUCUGCCCUUUUGCGUUUCAGAAACAAUUGUUGAGUAAUGUACGGGAAAUUCUUAUCAUCAACAUACUACACUAGUUGGUUUGUCCCUUUUGAGGCUUUUCAAGUAGAAUAAAUUGUCCUUAACCCUUUCAAAUGUUUGGCUGAACCCCUUUCAUAUAGAAAUUGAUGGCGAUAAAUGAUGAUUAGCUGAGGAUUGAGUUAGUAGUCACUGGCCACAUCCAUGACUGCCUGCGUACUAUGACUCUUAGCAACAUGAGCGCUGAUUCAUCAGUUAUCUGCUCUCUGUUGAACAAAAUAGGGGGAGGGCUUGGUAGUGCAAAACAUGGGGUGUAUAGCUGCAGGCUGCUAAUCUUUGUGUCCCAAAAUAGGAUGAUUGUUUCACAGUCAAUGGGAUGGGUGUAGAAAACAGUUUGAAAUCGUGCAAAUUGUUACUCCAGCUGAGAUUUCUAUAAAAUAUAACCUUCGCCCACUAAGCUGACGUACCUUAAAAGAUAAAAGUCUUCCGCUUGUCUUUGAUAAAUAUAAAUAGCCUCCUUGUAUAUAAAUCCAGUAUCGUAGCUUGGUCGACAAAGCAAGUUUAAACAAACCAUGACUUUGAGGUGGCGCCAGACCAUUUCUGAUGGUGGAUCCUGCUGUCCCAAAGUGGAAUUAUGAAGGACCCAGAUUGUUGGGGGCAAUAAAAGUUGACUUUGUAUAUAAUAUACAAAUGGAUGAAGACUAUUGCUUAACACAAUGUAAGCCGCCCUGAGUCUUCGGAGAAGGGCGGGAUAUAAAUUCAAAUAAAAAAAAGAAAAAGAAAAGAAGAGAGGCUUAGUGCCCUUGGGAAGGAGGUGGCAUCCAUUCUCCUGGUUGGAGAUGUCUCAUAGAAGCCUUGUAGAUCUGCCUAUUAAAAGCAGACUUUCCUUUGGGUGCCUGAACUGAACAGAAAUGUGCAAAGCCCAGGAGGCUAGAGAGAAAAGCCCAGGUAGAUCUCUGCAGGUAAGUUAUAUCUCAGCAGCAUGCUUAUAUUCUUUAAAAGAACACAGGUAAUGUGAAGCUCGUGAUGAACGCUACAAACAGUAGAGAAGCCAAGCUGAGGGGACAAGAUAGGCCUCUAGAGCAGGGGUCUCCAACCUUGGCCACUUUAAGCCUGGCUGGGGAAUUCUGGGAGUUGAAAUCCGCCAGGCUUAAAGUGGCCAAGAUUGGAGACCCCUGCUCUAGAGAGGAAGAAAUAAUAGCAUCCUCAUCCACAUUUAAUGACCCUUGCGGGGUGGAGUCUUGGCAACUGAACGGAGAGCUGAGUGUUUACUGGCCGGAUGCCCUUCCUGUCACCAAUGCAGAAUUAUAUUCAGAAGAUGAAGGGCCGCGGUGUGGCUCAGGCUGUAAGAAGCCUGUUAUUAAAACACAGCUGCCUGCAAUUAAUGCAGGUUCUAGUCCCACCAGGUCCAAGGUUGACUCAGCCUUCCAUCCUUUAUAAGGUAGGUAAAAUGAGGACCCAGAUUGUUGGGGGGGCAAUAAGUUGACUUUGUAAAUAUACAAAUAGAAUGAGACUAUUGCCUUACACACUGUAAGCCACCCUAAGUCUUCGGAGAAGGGCGGGAUAUAAAUGUAAAAAAAAAAAAAAGAUACAUUCUCACUGUGCCCAGAAAGAGAAAAUAUCUGCCUCUACCUCGGAUCGAACUCACAGCCUCUUGAUUGUGAGCUCUACCUCUAGGCCACUGCACCACUCAAGGAAGAACUAAUAGCUUAGUAAAGGUUAAUUAGUGAGGUCUAGAACCAGCCAUUGUGGGGGGGGGGGAGGGAUGCAAAGAAAGCCAGCCCUGAAAAACUGCUGGAAAAAACCCACAUUUAACCCCACGUUUGGUAGACUCGGAAUACGGUUUGGUCUUUGCGAAAAUUAUUCCUGGUGAUGUCCAUUUGUCGGAGCAUAGAUGCCUAAUCCCGUGUGUUAAGAGCAGAAGUUAAUUACAGCCCCGGGGUGGGCUCUAGCAUUUUAAGGAGCCAGCCUUGAACUCUGCAGCCUGAAUCUGGGGUGUUGGACAUACCACCCUAAAGUGCUAUGGGGUGAUGAGAAAGGUUUUUAACUUCACUGGCCUGUUUUCAGCAAUACUAGAACAGCUUAAGGUAAAGGUUCCCCUCGCACAUACAUGCUAGCUAGUAAAUACUGAGGGAGGGGCAAAAUGUUUCACAGCAUCGCCAUUCUCUGCAAGGAAUAGCUGAUUUGGGAGGAUUUUAUAUACACUAGUGGCCAAAAUUGUGGAAACCUUUUGGGAAAAGUGUAUUUUUGAGGUUUGAUGGCUAAUAGCACCACUUUAUUUUUGGAGUCUCGAGACAAUCACAUCCCACUGCUGGAAUGGCUUGGGAAUAGCCCAGACCUUAACCCAAUUGAAAAUCUAUGGAACCGACUAAAGAAACCUGUUAGUCAGAAGCGACCCAGCAAUAAAACCCAAUUAAUAGAAGCAAUCCUUCAAUCUUGGUUUCACAUGACAACAGCUGCAGAACUAAAAGACUUGGUUCACUCCAUGGGAAGAUGUUGUAAGGCCGUAAUUCAUGCUAAAGGUGACUCACUAAGUAUGAACUGACAUGGGGAUCAAUUUUUUAUAUCUUGUUUUUUCUAUGGUGAUAAUUUUUGUAUAUCUCAUUUUUUCUAUGUGUUUCACUUUUCUAUUUCUAUGUUUCUGCUAUUCUAAUAGCAAAUCCUUCAUAAAAGUUAUUCUUGAUUCAAUUAUCUUUCCAUUGAUAUAUAAUUUUAUGGUACUACUCAAAAGAAAAGUGGUGUUAUUAGCUAGUUUUCCCAAAAGGUUUCCACAAUUUUGGCCACUACUGUAAACCUUUGUUUUUGCUUUGAAUUAGGGUUUUUGUUUUGUUUUGAGUAGUUUUUUCUGAGCAGAGGAUUUCCGUUAAAUAUGAGAACUUCUUGUCUUGCAGGCCAAAGACUUUUGGUCAGCAGAAAUUAGAAUCCUUGGUAUAUUUAGUCUGGUCUCUGUGAAACCCAAAUGUUGCAAAUUAUGUUAAGCUAGCUUCUAGCUGUAAGGUCUUAUUGGAAAAUUCAUGAAUUUGCAAAAAUAAAUAAAUAAAAUAAAAUUGGCCACUCUUAAUGUUUUUUCGAACAACUUUCAAGAUGUAUGGACUUCAGUGCCCAGCUGGAGAAUCCUGGACAUUAAAAUUCAGUCAUCUUAAAAGUUGCCAAGUUUGAAAAACAGUUCUAGAGGAAGGAAUAAAAAAACUCAAAGGUCACAGUGUUAUUCAGAAUUGGGUUGUUAAUGUACAAAUUCCAUAUUGCUUCUUAUUUGUGUUUGAAGUAAACUUAAGGGGCUCAGUAAUUUGGACCUUGAACCUGGUUAUUUGUACCUCAGUUUAGAGAUGCCUUAAAUUUAUUUUCCUUUUUUGUAUCCUGUUUAUAUCUAAAACUGUUCUGAAAACUCAUUUUGUUCCUUAGACUAGAGGUCUCCAACCUUGGCAACUUUAAGCCUGGCGGACUGCAAAGCUGGCUGGGGAAUUCUGGGAGUUGAAGUCCGCCAGGCUUAAAGUUGCCAAGGUUGGAGACCUCUGCCUUAGACAGUUUGUUAUCGCAUUGAUCAGGCAUAUCCAAUCUGUAGCCCAUGGACCACAUGUAGCCCUAGCUUGUAAUUCAGCUCCACAUUAUAUAAUAAAAAAUUAAAUACAAAUAUUUUAAAAAUGAAGUUUGUUAUUUAUAUACAUUAGUUAUAUUUCAUAUGUGGCUCAGGCAAGCCAAAACAUUGGACACACAUCAUGUAGGCCCUUCAGUCUUGCACCAAAACACCUUUGUGCUGGGAUUGGCAUGUCCAGAACUGCAGUUUAAGGAGAGAAGUUAAGUUGUUCCAUGCGAUUCUCUGUCAUAAACUACAUUCAUCCUGUCCUUUUGUAGAGUUUUAUUAGCUCAUAUGCUGGAGACUGCCAUUCAGAUUGCAAGUUGAUUUCAGCUUGACUCUUGGGAGGCCCACAAGCACAUACUUGUGUACAUAAAAUGAAAUGAUCGGCAUAUAAAUUGAAUAAAUAAAUGAGUACAUUGUGUGCUGUGUCUACAUAAACAUUUCCAAGGCAGCGCAACUCCUGAAAGUUUGCUGAACAUUUGAAUGUGGGUGUCUUCUUUGGCAGUACAGAAAGGUGAGAACUCCACUUCAUUGUGUUUUGAUUAAGACUACACUUUAUUCAAAGAAGAGUUUGACUGCUGGUAACUACAGAGACUCUUCCAUGCAGUUUUCUUGGCAUUAAGGAAACGGCUUCACUGAUUCCUGGGGUUUUCUGUUUCUUUAUCACAGCCUUUGGAUCUCCUGGUGGUCCCCCAUCCAAGCAUUGACUUGGUUCUUUUGGGAAACAUAGCCAACUCAAUGCCGCCACCUUGUUGUGGCAUCUUCACCCUUCCUAUGCCCAUACAUGGGUUUACAAGCUCAGCAUCCAGAGAUUUGGGGAGCUCCAAUUCCCAAUCUGCAGAGAUCCAGCACAACUUCCCUCCGGCUGAAAGUCUGUAUAUCCUUCCAUUUCCCCAGAAUAGAAUAGAAUAGAAUAGAAAAAUAGAAUAGAAUUUUUUAUUGGCCAAGUGUGAUUGGACACACAAGGAAUUUGUCUGGUGCAUAGGCUCAGUGUACAUAAAGAAAAAAUAAAAUAUAUUCAUCAAGAAUCAUAAAAUACAACACUUAAUGAUGGUCAUUGGAUACUAAUAAUACUAUCCUGUCAGAGCUGAAGAAGCUUCUUGGUUGAGAAGCGAAACGUCUUCCAAAAAAAAAGAGUCCAGUUGCCUGCUAAAAAAAAAAAAAAGCACCUUUAGGAUCCUCUCCGAUUGCUUUGAAACUUUCCAGCAGCCACUAGGAGGCGCCGUAGCCACGCAGGCGCACCCGGAGGAGACCUGGCUCCGCCCAACGGCGCUGGAGCGAAGGGGACGGCCCCUCCCUCGACGCGCGCGCGCGGCUCUGACGUCACUCGAGGAAGCGCAAGCCGCCGCCAUGUCGGUCGCCGCAGAUUCGCCAUAAUCCCCGUCCGGCAGCUUCUCCCGCCGCCAUUCCAGAGCGGCCGCAAUUAAUAUUUACACGGGUCGGGGCUGGCUUUUCCCCCUCCUUUCGUUUUUUAAAGCCGCUCCUCGCCGCUCCAGGGACUCCGGAAAGGCGCAUCGGCGGACGGCGCUUUCCCGAAGGGACGGAAGUGCGCCCAUCUUCCUUUUCCCUUCUCUUUCUCGCAGUUCAAAAAGGAAACACCCGGAUAUAUCUAUAUAUAUAUUUCCUUCUUCUUUCCGCGGGCUGCCAUGGAGUCUCCUUCGGCCGGGAACAGAUCCAUCUUCAUGUGCAAGCUGUGCAAUCUGUUUUCCCCCAACCAGUCCGAACUGCUGUCUCACGCCUCCGAGAAACACUCAGAAGAUGGGGCCAAGGUGGACGAAAUCAUUAUUCUGCUCAGGCCUCUCGCGACGCCCGCCAAUCUGAAUAAAAACGGAGAAGAACUGCUUGUAGUGAAGAGGAAGAGAGGAAGGCCCAAAGGAUCAACCAAGAAAUGUUACGCUGAAGAGGAACCAGCUGAAAACACCACCUCUGCUCCAAGUGAAGGCAUUCAACUGGGACCUGAAGAAGGGGGAGAAGCGGUGGAUAUUCCCACUGACAACUUGGAAUGCCGGAAGUGCAACCGGAAGUUCUCUAAUUCUCGACAGUUACGAAAGCACAUCUGUAUUCUCGUUAAGAAUGAGGACUUGGAAGAAGAAGGGGAUUCAGGUAAUGAUUCUGAUGUUGACCUUGACAGGAAGGAAGAUGAGCGAGAAAAGCCAUCCAAGAGGCAGCGGGUACAAAGGACUGAGAAAAGUCUUUCCUCAAAAGAAGCAGACUCAGGAGCUAAGAAUCCGAUUAUAAGUGUGGUUUUGACGGCCCACGAAGCAAUUCCAGGUGCCACAAAGAUCAUUCCUGUGGAAGCAGAUUCUCCCAAAAAUGAGCAGCCCGUCAACUCAGAAACCUCUGUGCCAGACACAUCUCAGCGAAGAGGUUAUCAGGAAUAUGCCAUUCAGCAAACUCCUUAUGAGCAGCCAAUGAAGUCAAGCAGGUUGGGAGCCACUCAGCUAAAAAUUUUCACCUGUGAGUAUUGCAACAAGGUGUUCAAAUUCAAGCACUCCCUUCAGGCCCACCUGAGGAUCCACACCAACGAGAAGCCCUACAAAUGCUCCUUCUGCAACUACGCCAGCGCCAUCAAAGCCAACCUGAACGUCCACCUGCGGAAGCACACGGGAGAGAAGUUCUCCUGCGAUUACUGCCCCUUCACCUGCCUGAGCAAAGGCCACCUCAAAGUCCACGUGGAGAGAGUCCACAAGAAGAUCAAGCAGCACUGCCGCUUCUGCAAGAAAAAAUACUCGGAUGUCAAAAACCUGAUCAAGCAUAUCAAGGAAGCCCAUGACCUGCAGGACAAAAAAGUGAAGAACGUCUUCGACCAGCUCCGCUUGAUGACUCGGGAAGGCAAGAGACAGCUUUUGUACGACUGUCAAAUCUGCGAACGCAAGUUCAAAAACGAACUGGAUCGUGACAGGCAUAUGCUGGUCCACGGGGAUCAGAGGCCAUUUGCUUGCGAGCUCUGCGGCCACGGAGCCACCAAGUACCAAGCUCUGGAGCUUCACGUCCGCAAACACCCUUUUGUGUACAUUUGCAGCGAGUGCUCAAAGAAAUUUGUCAGCUCCGUCAGGCUCCGCUCGCAUAUCAAAGACGCACAUGGGGAACUGCCCGAGACAUCCGUUUUUAACAAUUCCAUCAAUCAGAGCUUUUGUCUGCUGGAGCCUGGAGGAGACAUCCAGCAGGAAGCCCUCGGAGAAGAAUUGUCCCAGACCGCUGCUGAACUGUCACUUUUAAACUCCAAAGCACUCUGUGUAGUAAAGUCCGUCUCCAUGGGAGAAGGAGAUGCCAUCGAGGGAAGCCAUGAAAAUAAUAACCCUGCAGAGGUUUUGGGAACGUCUCCCGCUCUCCUUUUGGAUUUUGAAAGCUCACCAGCAACAAAUGCAACGGAUCCAAUUUGUGAGCCCCUAACUGAAUUGCUGUCCCCGCAUGCUAGCUUGGUCAGUGCUUCAGAUAGCUUUUUACAGAAGGACACUUUGCCAGAUCCAGAUGGUGAAAAGACCUGUUUGGCCAAAGACCAGCUGCCACUUGACUCUUCGGUGAAUGUCCACUGUGAAGUUGAACAGCUUUUGGGAGAGGAAAACUCCAGUUUUAACCAGAAACACCAAGAUCCGGAGAAUAUUCCUGAUACUGAAGAAGAGAGUCAGACUGUGUGUCUUAAUCAUCAGGAAGUCAACGACUCAACUCUUGAAAAGACGGAGUCCCCCAGUUCCCUUCUAGAAUCCAGUGUAGAGUCUCACCAGAAUUCAGAGUCUUGCCCUCAACCUUCAGAGGAGCAAACUGGAGCUGCAGCCUUUAUGCAGAUUUUGGACAAUCUGCAAAAACAACAAAUGAAUACAGCCUUGUGUGAGAAGAUCAGGAAGGUCUACGGAGACUUGGAAUGCGAAUACUGUGGCAAGUUGUUUUGGUACCAGGUGCAUUACGACAUGCACGUCCGCACACACACACGAGAGCAUCUUCAUUACUGCUCCCAGUGCAACUACUCCUCCAUCACCAAAAAUUGUCUUAAGCGCCAUGUCAUCCAGAAGCAUAGCAACAUUUUGCUGAAAUGCCCCACCGAAGACUGCGAUUAUUCUACCCCGGAUAAGUACAAACUCCAAGCCCAUCUCAAAGUGCACUCAGAGUUGGACAAAAAGAGUUAUUCCUGCCCUGUGUGUGAGAAAUCAUUUUCUGAAGACCGACUUAUAAAAGCUCAUAUAAAGACAAACCAUCCAGAGGUAUCUAUGCACACAAUUUCCAAGAUUGUUGGCAGGAGAGUUCAGCUCAAAGGACUUAUCGGAAAACGAGCCGUGAAAUGUCCUUAUUGCAAUUUUUAUUUCAUGAAGAACGGAUCGGAUCUCCAGCGUCACAUUUGGGCUCAUGAAGGCCUCAAGCCAUUCAAAUGUUCUCUGUGCGAAUACGCUACUCGCAGCAAAAGCAACCUCAAAGCUCACAUGAAUCGUCACAGCACCGAGAAGACACACCUGUGCGACAGGUGCGGGAAGAAGUUCAAAUCGAAAGGCACCUUGAAGAGCCAUAAACUCCUUCACACUGCUGAUGGAAAACAGUUCAAGUGCACGGUGUGUGAUUACACUGCAGCCCAAAAGCCACAGCUUCUGAGGCACAUGGAACAACACACUUCAUUCAAGCCUUUCCGUUGUGCACACUGCCAUUAUUCCUGCAACAUAUCUGGUUCCCUCAAAAGACAUUAUAACAGGAAACAUCCCAGUGAAGAAUAUGUUAAUGCAGGCUCUGGCGAAUUGGCAGCUGAAGCCCUUCUCCAGCAAGGUGGCAUCAAAUGUCCUGUGUGCAACUUUGUGUACAGCACAAAAUGGGAAUUCAACAGGCACCUCAAAAACAAACACGGACUUAAAAUAAUGGAGCAGGACGCGGAGCAAACUGCAGAAAUUUCCGAAGAGCCCGCCACGCAGUACCUGCAUAUCACCGAAGCUGGAGAUCUGCAAGGGACUCAAGCAGCUGUCGCUGCUCUGCAAGACCUAAGAUAUACCUCAGAGAAUGGAGGAAGGCUUGAUGCCACGGCUGUCAACAUCCUUCAGCAAAUCAUUGAGCUGGGAUCAGAGCCCCAUGACGGCGCUGCUCUAGCUUCGGUGGUUGCCAUGGCCCCAGGAACCGUCACUGUGGUGAAGCAGGUGACCGAAGAGGAAGAGUCAGCUAAUCACACCGUGAUGAUUCAGGAAACUUUGCAACCGGCUUCGCUGGAGUUGUCCGAGCAGCACCAUUUGGUGGUCUCCUCAGAUGACAUGGAAGGCAUUGGGACAGUGACAGUUUAUACUCAGGGCGGAGAAGCCUCAGAACUGAUUGUUUAUGUGCAAGAAGCCCUGCAGCCGAUAGAAGAGCAGGAGCAACCUGGAGAGGACAUCUAAAUCAAGUCCUUCGGGCAGGGAACUCAAGAGAUCACAGCCUCUUAUUACACCGAUCCCGGUACCUUCUUCAGGGAUCAAAUAAGCAUCCUGAACAAGCAUCUGUGUGAGGAGACCCCAGCCAACAAACCAGGAGGAGCGAUCACUGGCAAUGUGCCGCGAGGCUCGAUAAAACUAUCUGGGUGUGUUACAUGCACUUUAAGAAAAUUGUAGCGUUUCAAAAAAAGGCUCUUUUAAUCACCGUUUGAAAAGCUUCUUGAGAAAGCAAAAGGACAAUCGGGCAAAAACAGAAGGCCCAGGCAGUGUAGCUGCUUCUAAGGAUAAAGCUCCAUCCUUUAAUUUCUUCCCAUCUUUGGCUUCCCUCUUUGCUUCUAGAAAAGAAAUCACUCUUUUAAUCUUCUAAAGGAGCUUUGCCUUUGUGAGUUUCGAAAAACCCCAGAACGUGAUUUGAGUUUUCAAAAGACUUGAGAAUGUUAUCUGAAGCAGCUGGGUUCUCUUUUAGAUCGUUCAUCUUUUAAUUUCACCUCCUUCCAGUUUCUCAAGGAUGCAAAGCUGCCGCCGUAGUUUCCCCAGGCUCCUAUGAGAAAGGAAAUGUUUUAUUAUUACCAUGUAUUUGCGGCACAUAGAUUGAAAAUAAUUUGGGAAGGCUGAGGAGGGUCUGACCAUCCCUGAAGUUUUAUUUUGCUUUUCCUCCUUAUUCGCCUUUGCAAGAUUACAACAGUGUUUUUCAGGAGUAUAAAAAAACAACCGUGGACUUUUUUUCUUUUUUUCCUGAGCUUGGCCACUCUAUUUCUGAUUGAUGUUCAUAGUGCCGGGUUAUGUUCCCCAUAAUGCAUAAUGAAUGCAAUUUUGAGCCAUAGAGAAGUAAUUUAGCAUCAAGAAAGCUGUGAAAACCAGAGUGAUAAAGUGGAGUUUGGGGUCCUGUUUGCCUUGUCUGACAAAUGUUUGAACAUUUCUUCAUGAAAAGCCCAGCUUACAAUCCAUUAUGGUUCAUAUGUCUUUAUCAAACUAAGCAAUUUGGCAUGAAAUACGGUACACUGGCCACCAGGGCUGAUCUGGAGAAGGCCUUAAUUUUUACUAAGCCUUCUUGAAGAAUGGAGGAAAUGGAUGCUAGGAAGCUCAGGCAAUAUUUAGUCCAGGGGUC